AUGGCAGAUGUUGCAGCACAUACAAGCGAGAUUGCGGGUGCGAGUGCCGUCGGCGAAGGAUCUCAGGCCGCCAAAAAGAAAGAUAAGAAGAAGCCAGUGAAGAAAGAAGUAAAACCAACCAAAGAGGAGGCCAAGGAGAAAAAGGUUUCCAAACAACUGGCUAAGAUUAAAGAAGAAAUUGCCAGACGGCGCGAGGAAGAGGAACGAAUCCGUCGUGAACAAGAAGAGGAAGAACGCCGUCUGGAAGAGGAACAGCGUAAAAGAGAGGAACAAGAAGCGAAAGAACGCGAACUACGUGAACGUAGGAAGCAGAAAGAUAAGGAGAGAAAACAAAGGCUGAAAGAGGAAGGAAAACUUCUUACUGACAAACAGAAAGAGGAUAGGCGCAAAGUUUUGGAACUACUUCAAGCUCGUGGAAUCGAUGUCCCGGAUGAUAAGAACGUGGAUGACAGGAAGAAACCACAAUAUGCAAAGCUGAAGAAAAAAUCAAAUCAACCGAAAGACUUGAAAAUAGAGGACACCACACCGGUGGAAACAAAACAGCCGGAAGAUGAAUCGCAAGAGAAUCAAAUUUUAUCGAGUUGGGAGUUGAUGGCCGAUGCCUUGAAGGAGUCCAGGAACGGAAUUACAGACGGCCCAGUUCGACUGGCAAGCGGUUCCAGUGCUGAGACCCCUGAGGAAGAUGUUCGUCGUGAACCGGGUGAAGCUUUCAGUCAUAGUGAAGUUGCAUUAAGUGAGGAGGAGAAGGAGAAGUUGAUUGAAGCUGCGAAAAAACGUAUACAUGAGCGGCAUCUCGCAUACGAAGCGAACCGAAGUGUACAAAAGCUACGCGCUGGAGUUAUAUGUGUCUUGGGACAUGUUGAUACGGGGAAAACCAAGAUUCUUGACAAACUUCGGAACACAAACGUUCAGGAUCGAGAAGCCGGUGGGAUAACACAACAGAUUGGUGCGACGAAUGUCCCACUGGAAAACAUCAAGAUUGCCACUAAGAUGUGCCCUUAUUUCCACAUAGACCAGUUACGUGUACCAGGUUUGCUCAUCAUCGAUACGCCCGGACACGAAUCCUUCAGUAACCUCCGUGUACGUGGCUCAUCUUUGUGUGAUCUGGCAAUUUUGGUAGUGGAUCUGAUGCAUGGCCUAGAGGAACAAACUAAAGAGUCGAUUCGUAUUUUACGUUCCCGCAAAACACCGUUCGUCGUAGCGUUGAAUAAAAUCGAUCGUCUCUAUGGCUGGAACUCGAAUCCCAACCAAGAUGUUCAAACGACCCUGAAAAAUCAAGAGCAGAUGACAAAGAAUGAUUUUGAUGAUCACUUCAAGAAGGUCAUACAAGAUUUCGCGUUAAUGGAGCUCAACGUCAAGCUGUUUUACGAGAAUGAUAACCCCGACGAGUUCAUCAGCAUGGUACCCACGUCUGCUCACACCGGAGAUGGAAUGGGCGAUUUGUUGUCCGCGUUGUGCAUGCAUUUGCAAGAUCGAUUGGCAAAACGCCUGGCCUUCUCAGAAGAGCUUCAGGCUUCAGUCAUGGAAGUCAAAGAAUUACACGGCCUUGGUACAACGAUCGACAUAAUUGUUGUCAACGGAUACCUACACGAAGGAGAUACUAUCGUUCUUGCUGGCCAGGAGGGACCUAUCGCCACCCAGGUGCGUGGUUUGUUACAACCCGCCCCAAUGGCGGAGCUGCGCGUGAAGGGUACAUAUCAGCACAUGAAAGAGAUCAAGGGUGCUCAGGGCGUAAAACUAAUAGCAAAGGAUCUUGACAAAGCCCUCGCAGGACUUCCACUGUAUGUGGCUACGGACCUCGGAGAGGAGCUUUACUUCAAAGAGGAAGUAUGCCGUGGUUUGAAAGAAGCCCUGAAGGCUAUUGCCGUCGCUCCUAUCGGUGUAUACGUGGUGGCCAGUACACUUGGUUCCUUGGAGUCGCUGUUGGUUUACUUGAAGUCCGUCGAGAUUCCAUAUGCUGGUAUCAACAUUGGUACUGUCCAUAAAAAGGACGUCAUGAAAGCUUCGGUCAUGGUAGAACGAGAGCCGAAGUGGGCGGUGAUUUUGGCCUUUGACGUGAAGAUCGACAGAGAUGCACAAAAGCUGGCAGCCGAUUUGAAUGUGCGCAUAUUCACUUCAGAGAUUAUUUACAGGCUCCAAACACAAAUGGAAGAGUAUAUUGAAGACUUGAAGCGAGGAAAUCGUCGUAAGCACCGUGAUCUGGCCGUCUAUCCAUGCAAGCUUCGCAUACUUCCCGACAUGGUAUUCAAUAAACGAGCUCCAAUUGUUGUCGGUGUGCACAUCGAAGCUGGAGUUUUGCGGGAGAAUACACCCAUUUGUGUACCGAGCCGCGAAUGUGUACAUCUAGGUCGUGUAUUCUCAAUCGAGUUUAAUCACAAACCUCUACAAGAAGCACGCACUGGUCAGGAAGUGUGUAUUCGUAUUGAUCCCCUAGAUGGUGAAACCCCGAAGCUUUACGGUCGUCACUUCGACCAUAACGAUUUGCUCGUUUCAAAGAUAAGCCGUGAGAGUAUCGAUGUUAUGAAGGAGCACUUCCGCUCCGAUCUAACGAAGGAGGACUGGAGGCUAAUGGUUGAAUUGAAGAAGUUGUUGGACAUAUUCUAGUGCUCACUAUUCCACCUCUCCCGAUCCCGUGACCGCGUGUAAAUUCUCCUCAGACCUGUUCGCCUCUUCGUUGAUUUGUGAUUGUUCUCCCUUAUACCAUCACGUCUUCGAGUGCAGUUCAUCUAUUUUUGCACAUCGCACAUGUGCUUCUACCGGGGACGACUUUUCUCGUGGGAUAGAUUCUUUUGGUAAUCAGUUCGUGUUUUACAAGCCUUCUACUUGAGUGCA